GCUCGUCGUCGUUCAGACCAGUAUGUGCUUUGGUACAACAGUACUGGUAUUUCAGUAGAUGCUGAUACAACAACACGUUUAGCUUUAGACGCUGCAUUGCUGUGAAUCUGAGACGGGCGUUUUCUAACCAACGCGUUGUUAUGGCAUUGAAAAGGAAGAGGAGUGUUUCUCAGACGGGCAUUGUCGCUUUCUUUGUUUUCUGGAUGCAUUUUGCGAUUGGGGACGUAAGCUAUUCUCUUCCAGAGGAAAUAAAGCGUGGAUCUGUAAUUGGAAAUAUUGUCAAGGAUAUUGGGCUGGCGACGGGCAAACUCUCUUUAAGAAAGGCACGCAUUGACACAGAGGACAACUCUGAACGCUAUUGUGAUAUAAACCUUAGCACCGGAGAUUUGAUUGUUUCUGAGAGGAUCGACAGAGAGGCUCUUUGUGGUGACAAGGCGUCGUGCGUCAUGAAACAAGAACUAGUCCUGGAGAGCCCGAUGGAGCUCCAUCGUAUUAGUCUUCACGUUCAAGAUGUCAACGAUAACUCUCCGUUAUUCAACGAAGAUCUGGUCAAAAUAGAGAUUCAAGAAUCUGCUGACCGAGGAGCCCGCUUCCUAAUAGAGGAGGCGCGGGAUGCAGAUGUGGGACAGAACGCAGUCCAACGUUACAGCUUAAGAGAAAAUGAACAUUUUAAAUUGUCGGUUGAUGGAAACACGGUCGAACUCGUUCUUGACAAAGAGCUGGAUCGUGAAAAUAAAGAGGCAAUCAAUUUGAUUUUAACUGCUAUGGAUGGGGGUUCUCCCCCUAAAUCUGGUACAGUAGGUAUACACGUCACUGUACUGGAUGCAAAUGAUAACGCCCCAGUGUUUAGUAAGUCUGUUUAUGAAGCCAGUGUUCAGGAAAACGUUCCAUUAGAUACUGUUGUGGUUACUGUACACGCGACGGAUGCAGAUGCUGGGAUAAACGGAGAGGUGACGUACGACUUCGGACACGUUCCAGACGACGUUAAGAAUAGAUUUAGUAUUGACCGCAAAACGGGUGAUAUACUAGUAAUUGGGGCUAUCGACUUCGAAAUUGACAAGUCUUUUGAAUUACGCAUCAAAGCCAAAGAUGGUUUGGGACUAUCGUCCUACACGAAUGUAAUAAUUAAUGUUAUGGACGUGAAUGACAACGCACCCGUGAUACAUAUUAAGUCUCUCACGUUCCCCAUAUUAGAGAACGUACCACAAGGCACCGAGGUUGCGAUAAUUAACGUGCAGGACAGAGACUCUGAGAAGAAUAGACAGGUCCGAUGCUCCAUCCAACUUAACCUCCCCUUUAAACUUGUUCCAUCGAUUAAGAAUUACUACUCAUUGGUAACCACAAGUGGUCUAGACCGUGAACUAGUGUCUGAUUAUAAUAUCACCAUUAUGGCCACAGACGAGGGAUCUCCCCCUUUGUCCUCCUCUAAAAUCAUUCAACUAACAGUAGCCGAUGUCAACGACAACCCGCCUCUGUUUGAUGAAGCGUCCUACAGCGCCUAUGUUGCUGAAAACAUCCAACCAGGCUCUACUCUGUGUUCAGUGUCCGCUAGAGACCCAGACUGGAGACAAAAUGGCACUGUGGUGUAUUCUCUUUUACCAAGUGAAGUCCACAGUUCCCCGGUGUCCCUGUAUGUAUCUGUAAACGGAGACACGGGGGUCAUCCAGGCCUUGAAGUCUUUGGAUUAUGAACUAUUCAGGAGCUUUAAGUUCCAGGUGAUGGCUAGAGACAACGGUUCUCCUCCACUCAGCAGCAACGUGACGGUCAGUGUCUACAUAACGGAUGUGAACGACAACACUCCUCAGAUACUUUACCCCACGUCUGAAGGAAACGCUUUUAAGACCGAGCUGGUCCUCAAGGCGACACACGGAGGUUCUCUAGUCUCCAAGGUGAUUGCAGUGGACGGAGACGCUGGACAGAACGCCUGGCUGUCCUAUCGUAUCAUUCAGUCCACUGACCCGGGACUCUUUACUAUCGGUCUCCACAGUGGAGAGAUCAGGACCCAGAGGGACAUUUCAGAAAGCGACAGCAUGAAACAGAACCUCGUUGUCUCUGUGAAGGAUAACGGGCCCACUCCGCUCUCCGCCACAUGUGUGGUGUAUUUCCUUAUUUCUGACGACUUGGCAGAAGUGGCAGAGUUUAACCAUCACACAGAGGAGAGUGAUUCUACAGUGACAUUUUAUCUGAUUAUUGCGCUGGUGUGCGUCUCCACCUUUUUCCUGACCUUCUUGGUUCUCAUCCUGAGUGUGAGGUUCUGUCGCAGCAGAAAGCCCAGACUGUUGUUUGAUGGAGCCGUCGCUAUCCCCAGCGCUUAUCUGCCCCCUCAUUACGCCGAGGUGGACGGCAUGGCCACCCUGCGCAGCGCCUACAACUAUGACGGCUACUUAACCACGGGCUCUAGAACCAGCGACUUUAAGUUCGCCACGUCUUACAAUGACAACACGCUGCCUGCCGACCAGACCCUGAGAAAAAGUCCAACGGACUUUGCUGAGAUAUUUGGUGACUCUGAGGGAUCGCCUGAGGUAAGCGUGACAGGGACCCCUCCUCUAAUCUAGCUGUGGAAGUUUGUU